UAGAGAUACACGCAGCCUUCAUACUGCCCACAUUGGGGGCCACGAAAGUUCGAAACAUAGAUUUGUAACUUUAUUUCUUCAAUCAACUGGGGAUCACCUGAGGGGUAGAGGGGGUAGUUAGCAUAGUACGAGACUCAUAACGAACGACACAGAGUGGCGGAGUGCCAUAUCUGGAAACUCCUAUUGCGUUAGUCCCAUGAUCAAUUGUGAUACCCAUAUUGCUUACACAAUACUCAGAUACAAAAAGGAUCAUCGCUAUUAGGCGCUUCUGGAAGUAUCUGCUUCCAAGAAGGAAUCCGGCAAGAUGACCACAUCAGAAGUUCAAGAUGAAGACGAAAGAUUGCUUAAUCGCAUUGGUUAUAACCAGGUUUGUAGCCGAAGGCAAAAUUCUGGCUUCGAUUGGGAUGCUGAUUUUUGAUGUGCUAGGAUAUGAGUAGACAUUUCAAUCAAUGGUCUAUUCUUUCUUAUGCCGUUUCUGUUCUUGGGGUCCUCGGUUCCCAACCUGCGACUUUUGGGGUCCCGCUUAGUUUGGGUGGUCCUGCUGGUGCCGUUGUAAGGAUUGACUUCUCUUUAUUAUAUGGUGUCGUGAUCGUAUAUGAAUUUUGUGUUCUAUAGAUUUUGAUUUUGGUUCUCUACUACUUGAAUCAAGCAUACUAAGUUACUUGUAAUGCAGUGGGCUUGGCUUAUAGGUUCUAUCAUGGCAUCUUUCACGUCAGCCUCCGUGGCAGAACUAGUAUCUGCGUACCCAACAGCUGGAGGGAUGUACUUUGUAACAAAAAGUGUUGUCCCACCAGAACAUGCAGCAUUAUGGGCGUGGAUUAUAGGAUGGUUAAACCUUCUGGGACAAGCUGCUGGAGUGGCAAGUGUAUGGUAUACCGUAGCUCAAAUGGUUCUCGCAACCAUCACUAUGAACUCCGGUUUUGACGAAACUACUGGAGUAUACGCAUAUUCUCCGUACUUGCCCCCUCACCCUCUCUUCCUUGUCUUUUACUGACAAAGAUCCUUAGUACACCUUCACAACUCGUCCUCUUAACAAUAACGUUCUUAACUCUAUCCGGAUUGAUAUGUUCCCUCACCACCAAGAAACUCCACCAAAUCGAGACAUUCUUUGGCCCAAUAAACUUCAUUGGCACGAUUUUAAUAUGCCUCACGCUUUUAACCCUAACUCCAACCCUUCAGGCACCAGUAUGGGUCUUCACCAAUUUCAGAAACGGCUCCGGAUGGGGCUACUUACCUUCUUUUCUCCUCAGUUUCUUAUCAGUAGCAUGGUGAGUUAUCCCAUACUCUAUUCCUUCCUUUUCCAGGUGUUUUGAGAAGGUUUGAAUGCUGGUUUCCCAAGGAUAAUUUUGCCUUUUCCGGAAUUUUCCUGGAUACCUGGUUUCGUCAAUAUGAAAAUACUAACCUAAUUUUUCACAUAGGGUAAUGACAGACUACGACUCCACAACCCACAUGUCCGAAGAAACACACCAAGCAGCUCUCACCGGCCCAAAAGCAAUUCGCUGGUCCGUAACCAUAAGCGGAACCCUAGGUUGGCUGCUAACAGUCACCCUCUGUUUCUGCAUCGGAGAUUUGGAUUCCGUUCUAGCAAGUCCUACGGGAAUGCCUGCUUCACAGAUCUUUUUGGAUACCGCUGGGAGGGUUGGAGGCAGUGCGAUGUGGUUUUGGGUUGUGCUUGUGCAGGUUUUCACGGGGCUUUCGGCUAUGUUGGCUUGCUCGAGGAUGGCUUACGCUUUUGCUAGGGAUGGGGCUUUGCCUUUCUCCAGGUGAGUUGAAUUUUCUUCUAUUCUAUCUCUAUUCACCCGUGGAAAGGUGGGUCGUGAAGACCUGCGUUUAUUACGGUUACUCUAAAAUCAGCUUCUGGAAUUUCAGAGGCUUUACAAGAUUCACAUCGCUUAUUCCCAAACAAGAAUCCUCACUAAUACCCCCAACAGAUUCUUCACCUUCAUCUCCCCCCAAACCAACACCCCCCUAAACGCAGUCUGGCUCACAGUAACCUUCUGCUCCCUCCUCGUCUCCAUCGCAUUCUCCUCCACCCAGACAAUAACCGCAAUCUUCAACAUCACCGCGCCCGCCCUGGACUUCUCCUACGCUCUCGUAAUCCUCGCUCGCAACCUCUACAGUGAUCGUAUCCCCUUCAUUCCAGGUCCCUACUCUCUUGGCAAAUACCAGCGGUUUGUGAACGGCGUGACACUUGCUUGGGUGGGUGUUAUUAGUAUUGUGUUGCUUGGGCCGACGAGAUGGCCAGUUACGUGGGAGAAUGGGAAUUAUGCUGCAGUUGUUGGGGUUGUGGUGGGAGUGUUUAGUCUGGGGUGGUGGGUUGGUGGAGCGAGGAGGUACGUUCUUUUUUCGGUUCUAAUGUUUUUGGAGGGGAUUGAAAGAUUGUGAGUUUGCUAACGAUGUUGUGAUACAGGACGUAUACGGGACCGAGAACAAAUACGCUAGUUGUUGAUGUUGACGAUGGAUCUACAGAACAUUUGUUAGCUGGAUAGACCUGAUACUGCCUGCCUGUCGUAUAUAUUCGUCUCCUGGUAUGUCGAUAUUGUUGGAUAGAAAGGUGGCUCCCCCCGCCAAGUUUGGAGACACUGCUACCUGUACUUAAAUUGUAUAACGCAGAUUUGGGCUCUCUGGAAAGUUGCUUGCCCAGAUUUCUGCGCUACAAAUGCUGUUUUAAAUCAAAACCAAAAUUUCUU